AUAAAGGUCCAUCACGGCCUACAAAUGAACUCUCUCCCCACAAAUGGACUCUGGAUCCCCCAUGACCAAUACAUUUACAUUUUUGGCAUAACUAAAUAUUUUUCUACAGUGUAAAUUACUCUUCGGGUUAUCGAUUACUCGAUAUAUAUAUACCACUCUUGGCGCGCAAAACAACAGUUGACAGUUCAAUUGCAUUGUUUAUUUUGGUUUUUUGCUGCUUUUUGUUUGUGCAAAAAUAAAAUCAUCAACGAAAUGGACGAUUUAGCCAAGCUACGGAAGAAAAUUACGAAUGCAUUUAAAUUAAGUGGAUUUUUAAUACGUUCCGAAAACAGCGUUUUCCUCGCAGAACAAUUGGCUCCUUUCGAUGACAACGAACGAGAAAAAUGGCUCACAAUCAUAACCGAGAAUCUGCAAAGUCAACGUCUGAAAUCGACCCAUGUUGAAAGGGCAGCAUUGGAAAAGGCUAUCAAUGAAAUAAAUCGUGUGGGGCUGGAUGAGGGCGAGUCUGUUUUCUCGGUUAUCGAUGCCUUUUCGGUGCCGCGUUAUGUGUACAACAAACAAAAUAAGAAAUUUGAAUUAGAAACUGAACCACGUUCGUUGCUGGCCAAAACCACGAUGAAAUCGGGACAACUUAGGCAACGGUAUGAAAUGCUACUGCAAAAGACACUGCGACAUGAACUCUUUGCUCCUGCUGUAAUUGAGAACGGUGUGUCGGCCGAGUCCAGGGCAAAGAAGUUUAAACUGCUUUAUUGUGAGAAUCUCUUGUCCAAUUCCGUGGUCGAGGAAGCUGUAGUCUUGGGUUUGUUGACACAACUAAAGGAGGGCAAAUUUUUCAUCGAGGAUCCAACGGGUAGUGUGGAACUUGAUUUGAGUGGAGCCAAGUUCCAUGCCGGAUUCUUUUGCGAAGGAUGUUUUGUUUUGGCCGAGGGAUCUUAUGCUGGACAAGUUUUAAAAGUGGACGGCUUGGGUUUUCCACCUGCAGAACCAGCCGUUAGCAGCCGAGCCUUUUUUGGCACACAAAACAGUUGGGGAGGUGAAUCUUCAAAGUUAUUAAAAUAUUCUACAAGACUACAAGAACUGGAAAGAUCAAACACAGAGGCCACCAUUGUCUUUUUAUCUGAUGUUCGUUUGGACAUGCCUGUGGUUAUGGAAAAAUUAAGAAUGCUUUUUGUUGGUUAUGACUCGUGUCCACCUGUGGCCAUUGUGUUAAUGGGCCCUUUUGCAGCUUCCGAACGGCAACAUCAUGCCCUGAAAAAUCAUCUUAAUGCUUUGGGAGCCUUGGCCAAUGGCUGUGAACAAUUGAAAAAACAAACAGAGCUAAUUCUUAUUCCUUCCAGUGAAGAUCCAGCAGCCCCGAAUAUAUUUCCCCGUUCAGCUAUACCCAAAACUCUGGCAGCUGGACUGCUAAAAGUAUGGCCACGUACACGUUUGGCCACCAAUCCAUGUCGUCUACAGUAUUGUACCCAACAAAUUGUGGUAUGUCGUUUGGAUCUGAUGGCGAAGUUUUGUCGUAAUACCUUACAUUUCCCACCGGAUACCUCGAAAAUCGAACAACACUUUGCCCGCACACUAAUAUGUCAGGGCCACCUGACACCCAUACAUCCUAUUGCCAUGCCUGUACAUUGGGAUUAUGAUGCAGCUUUGUGGUUGUAUCCUCUGCCUGAUUUAAUUGUCGUUGGUGACUCUUGUCAAAGUUUUUCCACAAGUCAACAUGGUUGUACCGUACUGAAUACAGGAUCAUUUGUUAAGUCCAAAUUUGCUUUUAAAGUAUAUAUACCACACACAAAGACAAUAGAAGAUUCCGAAAUACCAGACGAUAUGGAAGAGUAAAUUAGUUAGGGUGUACGUUUUAUUGUAGUAUUUUAAGAAGAAAAGGCUUUCUGUUUUAAUAAAGUUGUUUUUAAACCAAAAA